AUGGCGGGAAGAGAAGUUCGAGAGUACACCAAUCUCACCGACCCUAGAGGUAAUGGCAAGGCGUUGAUCAAUCCAGCGUUUUACGUAUUCCUCGCGUUUUUCUUUUCUUUUUUCCCCCUGAUACAGAAAUGCUUGCGAAUCAAGUUCUCUUCGAUCCUUGCUAGGGUGGUGUUUUCCGGGAAUCCUUUUUUUGGUUUAGCCGCUCGUUGCAAUUGCCAUGCCUGAAGCAUCGUGGUGGUCAAGAAAGUUAUUGAUUUUCCUUGCGAUUGAUCCUUACUCCGUACGUGAGGUUUCUGGAGCUAAGUGCAAUGACGCCGAGUUCUUCCGUCCUGCUUAACUUCAGUUCUCGUCGAUGACCUUCAGCAGCCAUACCGUUUUUUUGGGAAAGUUGAUGCACUUUCGACGGGAUGUCGAGGAAGGGAACAGGGCCGAUUCGAAAUCUUUUCUACUUUGCCGAACUGAUUUGAAUGUGCUGUGACCUUUUCUCAGAUAAGAAAUGGGCCAAAGGCAAGGAUAAGAUCGACGAUGAAGAGGUCACAUUCCAACGUAUGGUGGCCAAGGUUAGCGGAUCGGAUCUUCAACUUAGUUCUCAGACUUCUUUUCUUAUUGUGAUACUCUCCUGUUUUCUUAUUCAUUUUGCCAAUGUCUUGGUAUUUUUUAACAAGAGAGGAAUCGGUGCCUAUUGGCUGUCUCUUUAUGCGUAGAAAAUUUAUUGUUAGUGAUUAUAUGUGGCUACGUUAGCCUAGACGCCCAAGUUUCAGCCGAAAUUAGCAUUUCAAUUGUCAUUUUCUUCGCACCAAAAAAAAAAAUCAAAAGAAAACAGUAGCUCAAGAAGAACAUGCCAACGAUGAAAUUUACCUUGAUAUUCUAGAGGUAAAAAACAUUGCAUAUCAUUCUCGCUACAAUGAAUAUCUGUGCAUGGUACAAGAAAUAUUAAAGGUCCGCUGAAUCUAAGAGCAAGGAAUAGAGUCUCAAUCGUGGAAACUUUCAGGGUAAAUCAAGUUUUAUAAAAUGCCAAAAUUUUAAUGAACUGUGUUAGAACAUAUGUUCCAUAAUUUUUAAAAGUGGAUGAUAAAUUUCUCUUGCUGUUCGGACUAAAAGCAAACGUUGGUAGAGUAAGUACCGCUCGCUAGUAACGCAGUGAUUCCAGUUGUUGCUGUUUCGAGGCGCCAUCCUAUUUUUAGGCGUUUUUAGCACAUAACUGAUAGAACAUGUCAGAAAUAACUUUGUGGCAUGCCGUGUGAAGGGUGCGGACGUCUGAGUACAGCUGUAUGUUUUAGGUCGAAUUGGAAAUCCAUAGGAUUAUGGAUGGCUGAUGUUCCCAGAAUCGUUUUAGUAAUGAAAGACAGCGUUGAAGGUUCCAGAAGUUUUGACUCAGUCCAUUGAGAAUCAGUUUUAAAUACAUCUCGUAGAUAUAUUUUGUGAUAUAUUGCACCAUUUUUUUCUCAAAAGAGCGUAGUUUCUGUGAUUUACUGAAUAAAUCCUUAAAUGCUAGCGGAGUGAGCAGGAUCCUCCGAGGUCUGUACAUUUUUUCAUCUUUUGUUCAAAUUUUAUAUGAUCAGAUAUUUUAGGUAAAUUUAAGAAUUAAAUUUAGAAUCAAACUCAUUGAUUGCAACAAGAUUAAGCUCAAAAAGAACAAGAAGGUGGAGAGAUUAUUUUCUGUCUCUGGAAUAUCGCGAGGAAGAUCAUGAAAUUGUUGUCCUUCAAAGGAUGAUGUGUCCUCGAAGAAAGUCUUUGGCAAUACUGCUAGGUAUUUCGGUAAAUGUUGAAUGUCCUGUAAAGUUUUGUGGCGGAUAUUUCUACUGAUGGAAAGAAAUAAAAAGGUGUUUUUCCUUGUUGGCAAUGAAAUUGCUGGAUUUAUGAAAUUCGAGUUUGUUUGGAAACCUAGAUUUUGGAGUCUUGAAAAUUAUAUUAAAUAUUUUUACUGUGAUUAAGAUCCAUGUGAGGAUAGAGGGAACAGAGAAAAAGACAAUUUUGAAGGGUGCCUUCCGUUCAGACUAAUAGUAGCAGCCUCAAAUUGAGCAAAAUUUUCCUUCGUGUAAUGGCCAAUGCUUAGCAGCUAGUACCCAUGGUUGACCUAAUCCACAGCAAUACUCAAUAAGAAAGAUCUGUGUUCUAUCUGUGACCAUUGAGUUAUUCUAGUCCAGUGAACUGUGAUUGCAGCGUAUUAACUUUCUCUUCUUCCUCCCCCCAAUUGAAAUGCACAUCUGAUCUUCACUUCAUUGAGAUUAGCCUAUAAUAUUAUCAUGUUCUUUCUCUGUGAUCGGAUAAUUUCAUUUUGGUUGGAGUUUUCUGAUAACAUGCCCCGGCAGGGAACAUGGCUUCCCCCUGGGCGGGGUUGAUGUGAACAGAUGCAAGAGGUUGCUGGCGACCGCGGGGGCUACCUUCAUGGACGUGGCGGUACUCGUUAUCUUCUCUUCGGGUCUCAUUUGCUCGAGGAUGUUCUCUCGAAUUCACAAACGCUUGGAUCGCAGCUCUCGACAGUGACGACUUGCUCUAUCUCAAAGAACAAAUGGAGGCAGAGGAGGAUGCUGAGCGGCUUCUCCGCCGCACUGAGAAGAGGGCGUUCGCCGCAUUCAAGAUAUCCUUCCCUUGUCCCUGGACCCACCCUUCAUCCUUUCUUUUCUUGGGCCUCAUUUUCCACCUUAGUUCUCACGUUCUCUUUAACUAUAUUGACACAAAGCGGCAAGUGUGGCCGACUCCUCUCCCGCUCCACUGCCACUUCCACUCCGUGUAGAACCCAAACCCAAGAGCGGCAUCAGGUAAACAACAUCAUACCCUUCUACUUUUGGUAAUAUCUGGCCAAACCAAGGAGCCCCAUCAGGUAUAAACUGCAACCCAAAGCCUGCGACGUUUCCUGAUGCAGGCAGCAAGAUAUUCUGAAGAACAUGGUGGAGAUCAGGCCCAAGCGAUCCAGGGUCUCGAGCCCCACUGAUGCCGCAGCCCAAGGGGACCGGCCGCCGGGCACGAACUCUGCCGGUGGCGCUGCGGGCCAGAGCCAGGAGGAGGCUGCGCCUUUAAAGCCGAGCGCUGUGGUGAAAGCCGAGGAUCCCAAGAGCGUAGCCAGAGGCCUGCUCGGCUUGGCUUAUGAGAGCUCUGAUGAGGACUAG